AUGUCUAGUCAACGUCCCGAGUCCGAUUCAAUGUUUAUGCAAAAGGGCGAUGGACCGAGGAGUCGGAGUCCGUCGCGGUCAGAACCUUCGUCUCGAAGAAACUCGGCCAGAGACAGCGAGACAGCUGAAACAAUUACGGUCAAGGACUUUUUUGACUUCAUGAAAACAGCGUACCAAGUUUACGAGCACUUAGAGGGUGAUGAUGAUGAAGGAACAAAGAUAGAUUGGGAGGAGUUGACGAAAUUGACCGUGAUCAACCAUGUCAUAGAGCAACAGGAACGCGACCUUCUUUAUCAAACUGCUUUCAAUGAACCAAAGCCGUCAGUCAGUAAAAGUGAGUGUGCAAUCGAACCAAGGAGUAUCGAAGACCGACUUGAAAAGAGAUAUAGUUGCAGUGAACUAGAAGGACGCCGUCGGUCGUUUCCUCCCGAAGCCAGAGUUGAAAUGCUCGGUGUUUGGACUGAAGCUAAUUUAAACUGCAAACUUAAUGAUGUAGUGAACGAAGGCAUUUUAGAUUCUAUUUUGCCUUACCUGGUUGGAUACAAGAAACCUUCAAAAACAGCGAGUGUUUACACUCCAAUAAUAAAGAAAGUACCGUCUGGUACUACAGUAGAAGUAAAGAAACCUGCUAGUUUUGGAGGUUUCGUUGACGAAAAAGACUCAAGAGAUCGACUUGGGAGACGCAAGUCUUCUGUGACAAUAACACAAGACCGAAAUAAUACUAAACAAGAGGGAGACGUAGAAAUUCACGUGUGUGAUGAAGUGAAAGGCCUCAAAAAGGAUUUUAGAUGUCCUCAAAAACUUUUAAUAUCGAAAAUGGGUUAUUUCGCUGACGUCACUGCGGGUCAGAGAUUGGAGGACAUGGAUAUUUCUGUACAUUGUGAUAUACAGAUCUUCGACUGGUUGAUGCGCUGGGUGAAAAGGGACACUAUUCUGGUAGCCGACUGGCCUCUACUUGACCCGCAUAACGUGGUUCCUAUUCUGGUGUCUGCGUCAUUUCUACAGAUGGAGCCGCUGCUACAUGACUGCCUGAUCUACUGCCACGCUCACAUGAAUGAUAUCGUGAAGACAUCAACUAAUUUAGCGUGCCUUAGCGAUGCAUUGCUUAAUAGAUUAGCGGCGAUGUACACAAACGCAGAAUUGGAAGCCAUCAGGGAUCGGAAGGAUAAGAUCCAAUCGCGAUUAUAUUGCAAAAUGAUCCUGUCUCUAGCCGAGCCAGUGCCGGAGACCCUCAGAGGUCAUUACGCCACUCUCGCCACACUUUUCAAGUGCAAUAAAUGCAACAAGCUACUAGGGCGUCACAUCGCCGAGCAGGUGCCGUGUCAGCCCGCCAGUAUGCGGAUUGAUCGACGUGGAAAUGUCGUGUCUUCUCACACCAAGGAUCAGUCAUGGAGCCUAAAUGACUACAUAACCUGGUUGUAUGGAGAGCUGCGAUCAUGGCGCCGCGUGUAUUGGCGUCUGUGGGCUGACUGCCACUUCUUACGCUGCCAGCUAUGUGACAGCUUCUUUCCAGCUUAUCAGAUGGAAUGGUGUUCCCACCACGAGCAGCCGGCGCACAUGUUUACACUGGAGGGGCGCCCCUCACUGCCAGCUGGACGGUACCCGUGCUGCGGGGAGAGGGCUUACCGGUUCGAGACCAUCACUAGGAAUACUGGUUGUCAGUUCCGCGAGCACGUGCCAGACGAGCGCCUAGCGAUGGACUCGUCGGUGAUGGAGCUGUACAACCAGUUCCGGGACAUCAUCGCCAUGCGUCCACCGCAACUAAUGUUCCCUGAGAGACUUACCCGGCUCGUCGGCAGAGAACCAGGUGACGAUGGCCACGGACGGCUGCAGUGCAAGGAGGUGUUCUGGUGGGAGGGCAUCAUGCUGGUACCUCCACGCCCACCGCUGGGCCUGCUGGGCAAACUCUACACCAGCAACAACAAGUUCAAUCCCAACGUGAGGCCUGGCUCGCCCGCACUGGGCACGAACCAAGUAUCCGCGCAGUCACUCGCCGGGAACUGCUCGAGUGGCACCGUGGUCUCACCCGAGAAAGAUGCCAAGAUUCUGAAACCCCUCCCCGCGAAGGAGACCAGGGAAGAUACCCAAAGGACCAAGAAAGGCGCCCCGGGAGGUGGAGAUUCGGCGGGGGAGUCAGGCGGCGAGCAGUCGAGCUCGUCGGAUGACAGCGAGCAGAGCUCGGCUAGCGCGCCUAGCGACGAGGAAUGCGCGCCCCGCCGCCCACAGCAUCGCACCGUCAGGAAACAUUCGCACUCCCGGUCACAUCCCGUUACCAAGCGGACUCGUGUUGUGGGUCGGCAGUGGAUCUCAUGUCUGUCAGCGCGCAGCAACCAGGAUGGUCAGCGAAGGUUUGAGGAGCGCGCCGCUAGACAGAUGCGUGCUGCGCUCGCGAGGACUGCUGCACUGCAUCAGCAGACUAAAUCUAAAAUGCCACCUGGUGGCGUUUAUGCGCGACUGGAGGCUGAAUGGCGCGAGCGUCACGGGCAGCGCUCGCGGAACGCAGUAUCGGCGCGGCCGCGCAUACACCAACCCGCCAACAAAUACAAGUGA